GAUUUCCGGUGGGUUCUUCUCCAAUCUAACUGCACAUCAGCAUAAAAACUAUGAAUCAAACAGAUCGACAGGAAGCUGCUUUCAUUCAUGCGAAUCAGGCCAAGCUCAUCCAGAGAGCCUGUGAUGUAAAUGCCAUCCUGGACCAGCUCCUGGGUUUAAGGGUCAUUAACGAUGAGGAAUACAGUGACAUCCGGACAAAGAGCACACCUCAGGAAAAAAUGAGAGCUUUAUUAAGGGGUCCUAUGAGGGCAGCUGGAGUUUCAGGAAAAGCUAAGCUGUACAAGAUCCUGUGGAAGGAGCAUCCAUAUAUGAUGAAAGAUCUCAAAGCUGCCUCUGGAAAUAUGGAUCAAACAGAUCGACAGGAAGCUGAAUUCAUUGAUCGGAAUCAGGACAAGCUCAUCCAGAGAGCCUAUAAUGUAGAUCCCAUCCUGGACCAGCUCCUACCUAUAAGGGCCAUUAAUGAUGAGGAUUACAGUAACAUCCGGGCGGAGAGAACAUCUCAGAGUGAAAUGAGAGCUUUAUUAAGGGGUCCUAUGAGGGCAGAUGGAGUUUUAGGAAAAGCUAAGCUGUACGAGAGCCUGUGGAAGGAGCGGCCAUACGAGAUUAAAGAUCUCAAAGCUGCUUCUAGAAAUAUGGAUCAAACAGUUCGACAGGAAGCUGAAUUCAUAGAUCAGAAUCAGCACAAACUCAUCCAGACAGCCAGUAAUAUGGACGCCAUCCUGCACCAGCUCCUGAGUUUAAAGGUCAUUAACCAUGAGGAUUACAGUGACAUCCACGCAAAGAGCACACCUCAGGAAAAAAUGAGAGCUUUAUUAACGGGUCCUAUAAGGGCAGCUGGAGUUUUAGGAAAAGCUAAGCUGUACGAGAUCCUGAUGAAGUAGCAGUCAUGUUGUAUUUUGUAAAAUGUAAUUGUAGGAAAUAAAGAAAUAAAUCA